GUCGAGCGGCGGCCGCCCAGCCAGCGCCGCGGCUCCGUCCUCGCCGAGCCGCCGGCAUGAACACUCCCCGCUGCCCCGCGUCCCCGGCCCGGCCUUUCUGACAGCAGGUGUGAGGUUACCAUUGUACUACAACCAUGGUGCAGAAAUACCAGUCACCAGUGAGGGUGUACAAACACCCCUUUGAGUUAAUUAUGGCUGCCUAUGAAAGGAGGUUCCCAACCUGUCCUUUGAUUCCAAUGUUCGUUGACAGUGACACUGUGAGUGAAUUCAAGAGUGAAGAUGGGGCCAUUCACGUCAUUGAGCGGCGCUGCAAACUGGACAUCGAUGCUCCCAGGCUCUUGAAGAAGAUCGCAGGAGUGGAUUACGUCUAUUUUGUCCAGAAAAACUCCUUGAAUUCUCGGGAACGCACUUUGCACAUUGAAGCCCACAACGAGACGUUUUCUAACCGGGUCAUCAUUAACGAGCACUGCUGCUACUCAGUUCACCCUGAGAAUGAAGACUGGACCUGUUUUGAACAGUCUGCAAGUUUAGAUAUCAAGUCCUUCUUUGGUUUUGAAAGCACAGUGGAAAAAAUCGCCAUGAAGCAGUACACCAGCAACGUUAAGAAAGGGAAAGAAAUCAUUGAGUACUACCUGCGUCAGCUGGAGGAGGAAGGCAUCACCUUUGUGCCUCGCUGGACCCCGCCUUCCCUGGGGCCCUCUGCAGAAGCCUCUUCAUGCAGCAAGAACCAGGCAGUGUGCACAGCUGUCGCCGUUCCUGAUGCUGCUGCUCUCAAGGAGGGGCUGAGCGGCGAGGCCCUCAGUAGUCCUGGUGCAGCAUCUGAACCCACGGUGGGGACUCCAGACGACAAACUAGAUGCCGACUACAUCAAGAGAUACCUGGGCGAUUUGACCCCGCUGCAGGAGAGCUGCCUCAUCCGACUCCGCCAGUGGCUCCAGGAAACCCAUAAGGGCAAAAUCCCCAAGGAUGAGCACAUUCUCCGGUUUCUGCGUGCUCGCGAUUUUAAUAUUGACAAGGCCAGAGAGAUCAUGUGCCAAUCCCUGACCUGGCGGAAGCAGCACCAAGUGGACUACAUCCUGGACACCUGGACACCCCCCCAGGUCCUUCAGGACUACUACGCAGGAGGCUGGCAUCACCAUGACAAAGAUGGGCGGCCACUUUAUGUGCUCAGGCUGGGGCAGAUGGACACGAAAGGCUUGGUGCGAGCCCUUGGAGAGGAAGCCCUGCUGCGAUACGUUCUCUCCAUAAAUGAAGAAGGCCUAAGACGAUGUGAGGAGAAUACCAAAGUCUUCGGUCGGCCUAUCAGCUCAUGGACCUGCCUUGUAGACCUUGAAGGACUGAACAUGCGUCAUUUGUGGAGACCUGGGGUCAAAGCUCUGCUGCGGAUCAUCGAGGUGGUGGAGGCCAACUACCCCGAGACGCUGGGCCGCCUGCUCAUCCUCCGUGCCCCCAGGGUCUUCCCCGUCCUUUGGACCCUGGUUAGCCCAUUCAUUGAUGACAACACCCGAAGGAAAUUCCUCAUCUAUGCAGGAAAUGACUACCAGGGCCCUGGAGGCCUGCUAGACUAUAUCGACAAGGAGAUUAUUCCAGAUUUCCUGAGUGGAGAGUGCAUGUGUGAAGUGCCAGAGGGUGGACUGGUCCCCAAAUCUCUGUAUAGGACUGCAGAGGAGCUGGAGAAUGAAGACCUGAAGCUUUGGACCGAAACCAUCUACCAGUCUGCCAGCGUGUUCAAAGGCGCCCCUCAUGAGAUCCUCAUUCAGAUUGUGGACGCAUCCUCGGUCAUCACCUGGGAUUUUGACGUGUGCAAAGGGGAUAUUGUCUUUAACAUCUAUCACUCCAAGAGGUCACCACAGCCACCCAAAAAGGACUCCUUGGGAGCCCACAGCAUCACCUCUCCAGGAGGGAACAACGUGCAGCUCAUUGACAAAGUGUGGCAGCUGGGCCGGGACUACAGCAUGGUGGAGUCUCCUCUGAUCUGCAGGGAAGGGGAGAGCGUGCAGGGCUCUCAUGUGACCAGGUGGCCAGGCUUUUACAUCCUGCAGUGGAAGUUCCACAACAUGCCUGCCUGCGCCACCACCAACCUGCCCCGCGUGGAUGACGUGCUGGCCUCCCUGCAGGUCUCAUCCCACAAGUGCAAAGUCAUGUACUACACAGAAGUGAUUGGGUCCGAGGACUUCAGAGGCUCCAUGACCAGCCUGGAGUCCAGCCACAGCGGGUUCUCUCAGCUGAGUGCUGCCACCACCUCCUCCAGCCAGUCGCACUCCAGCUCCAUGAUUUCCAGAUGGCGAUUUUGCUGACAGCCUCCAAGCAAACACGUCACUCAGCAGUCCACAUGUGCCCAGAGGUGUUUAUAGAACUAUUUGAAUUGCAGACAUGUCCCACCCCAGAGUGAAGACCUCUAGUGCCAUUCAGAAGUGGCGCUGUCUUAUCCCCAAGCACAUGACUGCACACUCACAGGCCUCCAGGGCUCUCCCGAGUAAGGACACUCCUCCUGUGAGGAUGAGGCAUGUGUGAUGACCAUGUGGCUAAUGGAGUCUCCCCUUGCAGUGCCCAGGCACUCCUCUCAGAAUGCUCUGCCGCCACCCUUCUUUCAGAACUAACCAUCCUUUUGUUUUCCCUCUAUUACUAGUGUCUUAAUUUUCUUUCCCUCCUAAAUCCAUUAUUUGCAUAUCAAAUUCUGUAAAUGUUUUGUAAACAUAUUACCUCACUCUUGGUAAUACAAUACUGAUAGUCUUUAAAAGAUUUUUUUAUUGUUACAAUAAUAAAUGUGAACUGUUUAAGAAAA